GGUGACGUCAGCAAAACAGAAUUUUGCGGGAGGCUACUUUAGGUUUGGCGGGUAAACCAACAAGAAGUUGAGUGUCAGUCCUCAGGGUCCGUCCGACGCACAAAGUUCCUUUGGCACUGUUGCUGGCACCAUCAUUGCUAAAAUGGCAAGCAGUGGGGACAUCCAAGUUAAGGAGCUGAGCAAACGCGCUUCAGGUCAGGCAUUUGAGCUCAUUCUGAGCCCCUCCUCCGACGUCAAAAUGCAGUUUCCUCUGUCCCCUCUCAAAAAGAAGGAAACCUCACUGGAUGAGAUUAUGAAGAAAUUGGAGGCUGCAGAUGAACGACGCAAGAACCACGAGGCCGAAUUACUGAAAACCCUGGCUGAGAAACGAGAGCACGAGAAGGAAGUGAUCCAGAGGGCCAUUGAUGAAUGCUACAAAUUUAGCAAGAACACCCAAGAGAAGCUUACUCAGAAGAUGGUGGCGGCGGAGGAGCGACACAAGAUCCACGCAGCUGAAGUCAUGAAAAACUUGGCUGAGAAAAGAGAGCGUGAGAAGGAGGUGCUCCGGCGGGCCAUUGAUGAAUGCUGCAACUUCAGCAAGACCACUCAGGAGAAGCUCAACCAAAAAAUGGAGGCUGCGGAAGAGAGACACAAGACCCACGAGGCUGAAGUGCUGAAACAAUUGGCGGAGAAACGAGAGCGUGAGAAAGAAGUGCUCCAGCGGGCCUUUGACGAAUGCAGCAACUUUAGCAAAACCACUAAAGACAAGCUCAAUCAGAAGAUGGAGGUCAACCAAGACAACCGUAAUGCUCGAAUGGCUGCUCUGGAGAAGAAACUCAAGGACAAGGACAAGAAGAUCGAAGAAUUGAAGAAAACAAAGGCCUAAAGCUGGAAAGGCAUUACAAUUCUUUCAUCUUCUCAAUGAGCUCUUUUGAUUAUUAUUGCUGUACUAGUUUGACUUAAAUAUGUAGUGACAUUUUUGCAUGAGUAGUUUCUUAUGGCAGCUUACUACACUUUAGUAUUUUAAGGUGUGAGGUAUAUUUUUGUACUGGUCCACAUAGCCAUUUGAUAUAUUGUUUAAUAUUGUUCCACUUUUCCGGUACUGUCUUUCUGUAUCUUCAAUCACUUAAUUGUAUUUAAGCAUUUACCCCAUAAACUUAAUAAGAUUGGA